GACCUUCCUUUCAUUCCCGUAAUCCGUCUGCGUAGGGUGUGCUCCGGAGCUAGUCUCGGCACACAUUUUAUUAUUAUGAAACAAACCAAAAGCUAGAGCGCACACGCAGACAUAUUUUUAUAAGAAAAAAAAAAAAAAAUCGGUGAAGCAGGAUUUAAAUUUGCCAAACCUAGCAACGCGACGAAGAUAAAACGAAAGACGGGACCAGAGGAACGGUAGCACGUUAGUUAGCGUCAUUGUCGAAAGCGUGUGUGUUAGCGCCAGCCACUUCUAAUUUGAAUUUAUUUUUCCCUUUUAGGGCUUUGCCAUUCUAGUUAUCGUUAUUGACGAGGGUAUUUGCUUCGUUUACUGUCGGCGAUUCAUCUUACUCGCCACGAAAGAGUAAACAUUUAAACUGAAGCGUGUGAGCUACAUCGAUUAGGCCACGUUCCGACAUCUUGCCAAUCAAGCUAACUAGCCCACGUUGCUAACUAUUAGCAUUGGGUUCUGUGCUUGGUUUUUCGCAAGUGAACGCGAAAAAAGCCACAAUACAUACGACGUGUAUUGGCUAAGCUUUUAAACAAGACACGCCGAUCUAUAGUAGAGUUACAACUGUAUUACCCGAGAUCAAGCGUCGUUCACCAUGAAUCCCAGCGCGCCUAGCUACCCCAUGGCCUCCCUCUAUGUGGGAGACCUGCACCCGGACGUUACCGAGGCCAUGCUCUACGAGAAAUUCAGCCCGGCGGGACCCAUUCUUUCCAUCAGAGUGUGCAGAGAUAUGAUCACCCGCCGAUCCCUGGGCUAUGCCUACGUCAACUUUCAGCAGCCUGCAGACGCUGAGCGAGCCCUGGACACUAUGAAUUUCGAUGUGAUCAAAGGCAGGCCCCUACGCAUCAUGUGGUCUCAGCGUGACCCCUCAUUGAGGAAGAGUGGAGUGGGCAACAUCUUCAUCAAGAACCUGGACAAGUCUAUUGAUAACAAGGCUCUCUAUGACACCUUCUCUGCCUUUGGAAACAUCCUUUCCUGCAAGGUGGUUUGUGAUGAAAAUGGCUCAAAGGGUUACGGCUUUGUGCACUUUGAGACCCACGAAGCUGCUGAACGGGCCAUUGAGAAAAUGAAUGGCAUGUUGCUCAAUGACAGAAAAGUAUUUGUUGGACGAUUUAAAUCGCGCAAAGAGAGGGAAGCUGAGCUUGGAGCACGUGCCAAAGAGUUUACCAAUGUUUACAUCAAGAACUUCGGGGAGGACAUGGAUGACGAGAAACUGAGAGAGUUGUUUAACCAAUAUGGGCCUACACUCAGCAUCCGGGUAAUGACUGACGAGAGUGGCAAAUCCAAGGGAUUUGGCUUUGUGAGCUUCGAGAGACACGAAGAUGCACAGAAGGCCGUAGAUGACAUGAACGGUAAAGAAAUGAAUGGGAGACAGGUGUAUGUGGGUCGAGCACAAAAGAAAGGGGAGCGCCAGAAUGAGCUCAAGCGCAAAUUCGAGCAGAUGAAACAAGACCGCAUGACCAGAUACCAGGGAGUCAAUCUAUAUGUAAAAAACCUGGAUGAUGGGCUGGAUGACGAGCGCCUGCGAAAAGAAUUCUCUCCAUUUGGAACCAUAACAAGUGCAAAGGUGAUGAUGGAGGGUGGCCGCAGCAAAGGCUUUGGCUUUGUGUGCUUCUCUUCCCCAGAAGAGGCCACUAAAGCUGUAACAGAGAUGAAUGGGCGUAUUGUUGCUACAAAGCCACUGUAUGUGGCCCUUGCCCAGCGCAAGGAGGAGCGUCAAGCCCAUCUCACAAACCAGUACAUGCAGAGGAUGGCCACUGUCCGCGCUGUGCCCAAUCCUGUCAUCAACCCAUACCAGCCUGCCCCACCCUCAGGCUAUUUCAUGGCAGCUAUACCUCAGGCUCAGAACCGUGCUGCUUACUACUCUGCAAACCAGCUGGCACAGCUCCGCCCAAGCCCACGCUGGGCUACUCAAGGAGUGCGUCCUCAACACUUCCAAAACAUGCCCAAUGCAGUGCGCCCAUCAGCUCCCAGGCCCCAGGCUUUCAACACCAUCCGUCCCACCGCCACCACCAACACCCAGGUGCCACGUAUGAUGGCUUCCCAGAGAAUGCCCACGCAGGCCAUGAGCCAGCGCCCUGCCAGUGCUUCAGCCACUGCUGCCCCAGUGCGUACCAUGCCCCAGUACAAAUAUGCUGCCGGUGUGCGCAACCCUCAGCAGCACAUGCCCUCGCAACCACAAGUCCCCAUGCAGCAGCCUGCUGUCCAUGUUCAAGGACAGGAGCCUCUGACUGCCUCCAUGCUGGCUGCUGCCCCUCCUCAGGAACAGAAGCAGAUGCUGGGUGAGCGUCUCUUCCCCCUUAUCCAGAACAUGCACCCCAGCCUGGCGGGCAAGAUUACUGGAAUGCUUCUGGAGAUCGACAACUCUGAGCUUCUUCACAUGCUUGAGUCACCUGAGUCACUGCGCUCAAAGGUUGAUGAGGCUGUUGCUGUGCUUCAGGCCCACCAGGCCAAGGAGGCUGCUCAGAAGUCGACCACCCCUGCAGUUGUUCCUAAUGUUUAAGAUCGAGCAUUUUGAAACCUGCUUCACCGAUGGAAAAAGAAAAAAAAAAUUAAACAUUGAAAAACCUAAAACUCUGAAAACAUCGCAAAAUGAUAAAUUAUUUCUUAAAAAAAGAAAACAAUUGACUCUGCCAGGUCUAGGGAUGGUUUGACUAGACCUUGAUCAUAAACAAAAAUUUGUAUAAAAAAAAAAGCAAAAUAGAGAAAAGUGAAUUAAUGAAUUUGAAUGCAUUCCUCUGUUUUAUGUCAUUUUACUGUGUCUGUGCUCAGAAUAUCAGCCAUGAUCAAGAAGGUGGUAGCUGAGCGUUUGGAGAGGUGAUUUGUAUCGUGAACUACUGGCUGUAAUAAAUUCUCAUUCAAAUUA